AUGUCUGGAGAAUCCGCCACCGCUAUUCACAAGGGUCAAGUUGAUCUCUUAGACUUCAUAGAUUGGACCGGUGUUGAAUGCCUCAAUCAAAGCACCACUCACUCUCUUCCCAAUGCUAUCAAACAGGGUUAUAGAGAAGAUGAAGGUUUGCAUCUAGAAAGUGAUGCAGAUGAGCAGCUUUUGCUUUAUAUUCCUUUCACCCAAGUUAUUAAACUUUAUUCCAUUGUUAUCAUAGGUCCUGAAGUUGAAGGCCCCAAGACAGUGAAGCUCUUUUCCAACAAGGAGCACAUGGGAUUCAGUAAUGUAAAUGACUAUCCACCAAGCGACACAGCUGUUUUAUCCUCAGAAAACCUCAAGGGGAAACCAGUACUUUUAAAGUAUGUCAAAUUUCAAAAUGUUCGCAGCUUGACAAUAUUUAUUGAGGAUAACCAGACUGAUUCUGAGAUCACCAAAGUUGAGAAGAUUCUGCUGAUCGGAUCAACAGUUGAAACAACAGACAUGAAGGGUUUGAAGAAGAUUGAGGAUCAUUGA